GCCUCAGUCACUCAGUCAGUAUAGCAGCGCCGCUGGAGAGCUCUGUCGUCGACCGCAGGCUCCAGCCAAGAAAAUUACAGAGACGCGACAUCUAACGUUUUAUUUUAAUGUUAUUUAUUAAUUACCUCGUCGUAUCCACACCUUCAACAUGUAACUUGUUGACAUCACCUCAAGUCUAUUCAUGUAUUUGAAAAGAGCCGGGAGUGAGUGCGCAGAGACGAGAAGCCGAGCUGUUCUGGCCAAUGGAACUUAUUGUUGUGCAUUUGUUUUGACUAUGAUAUCCCCAAGUGAGUUUGGGUUCAGUCCGUCUCUUUUCGUCGUCGACCCUUGAAUUUUAUUUUUUUCGUUGGGAUUUAUAUCCGAGUAGUCUAAAAGGGGGGAUAUACUGAAGGAGGAUUCUGCAAAGCCAGCAAGCGUUUCCUACAGAGCCGGGGAUUUAAAUCGUCAUUUGGUGGUGCUCCGGGAGAGGCGAGAGUCAAAGAAAAGAAAUUCAUGUGGCCAUUCUCUUUAUAGCCAAACAUUUUGGGGAUUGCAUAAUGAGCAAGGAAAGACCUAAGAGGAAUAUCAUUCAAAAGAAAUACGAUGACAGUGAUGGGAUCCCAUGGUCAGAAGAGCGGGUAAUGCGAAAGGUGCUUUAUCUCUCACUAAAGGAGUUUCGGAGUGCACAGAAACGGCAGCUGGAUGGCGAUGGAACCACAAACUCAAACAGUUCCUUAUCCAAUGGGCAGCUGAACAGCUCGGGGUCAAAGGGCAGCCACAAAGAAGAUGGCUCUUUGCGCUCUCAGGUCCUGGGUGGGAGCAGUGAAGACAGUCCUGCGAAGAAGAGACCAAGGCUUCAGGCCCAGAGGAAGUUUGCCCAAUCGCAGCCCAACUCACCUAGCACGACACCUGUCAAAGUCACCGACCCGGGAAACUUGAACUCCAGCCUGGCCACUGUCCCCUCCUCUUCCCUCUCAUCACUUUCCUCGUUGUCCCUGUCCUCGUCCAUUCAGGACCUGUCCAGACGCAAGCCCAAGACGGAGGACUUCCUCACCUUCCUCUGCCUCAGAGGUUCAUCAGCUCUGCCCAGUAACAUGGCCUACUUUGGGAGCUCCCAAGAGGAGGAAGACUUGGAGGAGGAUGACGAAGAGGAGGAGGAGGAGGUCCGGAACGGAGGUGGUAUCCACUCUCACGGCACAGGAAGCAGCAGCCAAGCCUCAGCAUCAUCCUCUUGCCACUUGACACCUCGCAAGGGCAAGCCCCCUGCCAGGCAGCCUCUGAACGGCCACGUGUUCAACAGCCAUGGUAAAGGGACCAGGGAGAGUCCUAGGCCAAAAGCGGGGAACCACGGCAGGGAUGCACCUGCACCGCCACUGCCACCUCCUCCGCCUCCACCUCCACCCCUUCUGAGGGAGCGCAGCGAGCGGGCGGAGGCACGGGAGCAUGCCAGGGAACAGCAGGCCAUGGCCAGCAGUCGGGGCUCAGCCGCCAACGGGCUCCCACCGAGGAGAGCUGCCGAGGAGCUACGCAAGCAGGUCUCGAAACUGAAUGGGCUGACGCGGGCGGGAUCAGCACAAGCUGUUGGUGGUGCCAAAAAGAGCCGCGACUUCAGACUGCCGUCCAAAACUGUGAAGAAGUACACAGCUACCGUGUCCAAGGGCCACGUCACCUACACCAAAGCCAAACAGAAAGAACUGGGCAAGAAAACCAAACUCAACAGCAGCAAACAUAACAGCGCCGCCUCGGCAUCAUCGUCAGCGAACAAUCACAAUCAGCACAGCCAGCCAGCAGCCAGCAAUGGGCUGGCCAACUCAGGAAAAGCAGUGGCAACAGCCCACCACAGCAAUGCAAAAACCCGAAAACAGGUGCUACUAUCCAAUGGGCUGCACAAUGUGGCUGUCAGUGCCCGCCUCAAUGGCAGGUUAAAUGGGCAGCGACACAACACCCUGGCCAAGGAAGAUGGCCAGAAACAGUGCCAGCAAAGCCAGGGGGAGUGCCCAGGACGAGAGGGACUGCGUAACUCUAAGCGGCGUUUGGAAGUGGUGCUCAAUGCAGUGGGGACCGGGACUGUUGAGCAGAAGGCCAAAACUUCUGGAACUGAGGCCAAAAAGGUCAAACUUCAGCCCACGCCUCUGGAGACACGCAGCAGCAGCAAGAAGAUGGCCAAUCAAGACAAAGUUACUGCGCAAACAGCCACCCCCACCACUCCGGUUUCUAAUGGACACUUAUCACAAACACCCCCUGCCCUUCCCCAAACUUCCCCAGAUACUCCAAUAUCAUCUAAACCUCCCCCUCCACAACAAACCCCAUCUCCCUCUUCACCAGCAGCCAAUGCAGAGCUGGUGAACCAGCGACCCAAGCGAGCUUCUGCUGGCAAGCUGAUGCUGAUUCGACAAGCACAGCAGCAACAGAGCAGGUCUCACGGUCGGAGCUCCUCCUCUUCCUCCCCCUUAUCAAGCCAGAAUCAUCCACAGAACCCCAGUCGUGCCAGCACUACCUCAGACCCCCAACAAACCUCUGUCUCCUCCUCCACCACCACCACCUCUCCGCUUACUUCCACCAACAGCCCUGGACAGCUCAAACCAGCAGCGUUGCGGCCCACUGACCGAGACAAGGAAUGGGAGCGUGAGAAAGAGAUGACACGCCAGAAAGAACGCGAGCAGGAGAAGGAGUGGGAGCGCCAGCGGAGCAGGGCAGAGGGUUGGGCGGCACUGGGUGAAGUCCCCGUCUUCCGGCCAGCACAGCGAGAGUUCCAAGACCCCUUGGUGUAUUUGGAUGCAGUGAGGGAGCAGGCUGAGGCGGCUGGCAUGUGCCGUGUGGUGCCACCACCUGACUGGCGGCCAGAGUGCAAGCUGAGCGAGGAGAUGCGUUUUGUUACACAGGUGCAGAGGGUCCACAUGCUGGGCCGGCGCUGGGGCCCCAAUGUGCAGCGGCUGGCCUGCAUUCGUAAGCACCUCAAAUCUCAGGGCAUUACCAUGGAUGAGCCACCUGUCAUUGGUGGCUGCGAAGUGGACCUGGCACGUUUUUUCCAGCUCAUAAAUGACAUGGGCGGCAUGCAGCAAGUUAUGGACCUGAAGAAGUGGACCAAGCUAGCUGACCUUCUGCGCAUCCCCAAGUCAGCACAGGACCGACUGGCCAAGCUGCAGGAGGCUUACCUCCAGUACCUGCUUUCCUAUGACUCGCUCAACACUGAGGACCGCCUCCGACUGCAGGCUGAGGUUCUGCAGGAGAAAAAGAACCUGGAGGCACGUCGAGGCCCUCUGGAGGGCCUCUCGGACUCCUCCGCACCUAGUGCGUUGGUACUCCCACGCUACGAGCCCAAGAAUGGGUUGGUAGGUGGGAUGGUAGGAGGGGCGGCAGGCCACCAUCGCACUAAUGGAGUGUAUCACCCUCUGAAGGAGCUGGAGGCUCAGGUCAAAGCGGGCCGGCGCCGGCUCUUCGCUCAGGAAAAACAAGGCAAGGAGGACAGGCAGCAUGGGGAGGCACAGGAGGAGGAGCAGGACAGGGGCAUUCUCAGUGACCAGCACAAAUGUAUUUACAAGGGGAAAUCGGUGUCUUUGACUAACUUCUUCAGGAUAGCCCGGAACACCAUGACAAUGUGCUUUAACAAGGAACCAGGGGCCGCCGAGGUCGAGCAAGAGUACUGGAGGAUCGUGGAGCAGAGAGACAGCCAUGUGGCAGUGCAUUGUGGGAAGGUAGACACCAGUACACAUGGGAGUGGUUUCCCCACAGGAAAGUCAGAGCCAUUUUCAAAACAUGGAUGGAACCUCACUGUCCUCCCUAAUAAUUCUGGAUCCAUUCUGAGGCAUCUGGGUGCUGUGCCUGGGGUGACCAUUCCCUGGCUUAACAUUGGCAUGGUCUUUUCUACCUCAUGCUGGUCUCGAGACCAAAACCGCCUUCCAUAUAUUGAUUACUUACACACUGGUGCUGAUUGCAUUUGGUAUUCUGUCCCUGCUGAGGAGAAGGCGAAGCUGGACAAGGUGGUCCAUACACUGCUUCAGGCCAAUGGCACCCCAGGAUUAGAAAUGUUGGAGAAGAACAUUAUGAUUUCUCCUGAGGUGCUAUGUCGUGAAGGCAUCAAGGUUUACCGUACAGUCCAGAGGAGUGGUCAGUUCGUGGUCUGCUUCCCUGGUGCUUUCGUGUCUAAAGUGUGCUGCGGAUACAGUGUGUCGGAGACGGUGCACUUUGCCACACCACACUGGAUGAACCUGGGUUACCAGGCUGCAAAGGACCUGAAAUGCCGUCGUAUAGCCAAACCCUUCUCCAUGGAGAAGCUACUGUACCAGAUCGCCACCGCUGAGUCCAAGAGGGACAACAGCCUUCUCCUCACCACCAUCUCCACCCUACUCAAAGACCUCAGGAACAUUGAGAUGCGCCAACGGCAGGAACUUUAUAAGGCAGGUCUGCACUCCUCUGCCCGGUAUGGCACUCAUGAUGGCAGCCUCGGGCCUGGAGAGGGCCGCAAGAAGCCCCGUGGCAAAUGGCUAGCACUGGAGUCCUCAGAGAGACGCUGCCAGAUCUGUCAGCAUCUCUGCUACCUGUCUAUGGUGGUUCAGGAGACAGACAAUGUAGUUUUCUGUCUGGAGUGUGCCCUACGUUACGUGGAGAAGCACAAAUCCUGCAGAGGCCUGAAGAUGAUGUACCGAUACGAUGAGGAGCAAAUCAACAGUCUGGUGAGCCAGGUGUGUGGUCGGGCCAUGUUGAAGAAUGGCAGUAGUGGUGGCGGAGGCGGAAUCGUGGUCAGCGGAGGCGGAGCAGGGGACCCCUGCCACGGCCUGAGCCCUGCUGCCAAAGUGUCACCGGCUAAACGUGGCCCCCGCAAGCGCGCCACCGUGGAGGUGUCUCUGGCACGCCUGUCCUCCAGUCACAUGCCCAAGGCGGCGGCUGUGUCCUGAGAGGAAAACCUCAACUCCAACAACACCCUGUGCGCUGUGCCCCCACCCCUCCACCCCCUCCCUCUCAUCCGAACUCUUUUGUUUCUUUAACAUUAAGCAGGAUCACUAUCAAUCACACAUAUUUAAAAUCAGUUGUUUUGAAGCUUUUUGACCCCCCCCCACUCCCCUACUCACCUCCCCCUCUUAGUAUGACAGCUUUGUUUAUUAAAAAAAAAAAAAAAGAUAAAAAAGAAAAGCAAGAUGUCUUUUUUGCACUAGUGUGAAAGAAGAGUUUGUUUUUUAUUCUUGGAUGAUUUUAGAAUCUUACCCCCCCCCCCCCCCCCACGUCGGCCUUUCCAGCAUCACAAGCAUUACAAGAGUAAAGUUCACAAGAAGAAGACUUGAACGGGCUCCCUGUAAACCCCUUUACCUCUACAUCCCCUGAGCCUCCCUAUAAACUGAAAUGGGUUACAUUUGUUACCUUUUUCUUGCAUCACCCCUCCCUGUCCCCCUCCAACCCCCCACCCACCUCCACUCGCUCUCAUCACGCGUCACUCAACUGUGAACAUGGGACUAAUGAAAAGGCGGCCUUUUUAUUUUUUCUCCUCUCCUCAAUUUUUUCUGAAAUGAAAAUGACAUCAAGUAGUUACCCAAAGUUUCUCUCUGUCCUUGGUUUAAAGGAAGAUGAGUCCUUUUUUAAAACUAAAUAUUGAUUUUAUUUGAUGCAGCUCCUGCAUUGUUUUAAAGAAACGGGGGUCGGCAACUUGAGGUAAAAACUUGAAAGACAGACAAUGUUGGUUUAUUGUUGGUUGGUUUUUUUUCCAAGUUCUAUUUUGAAUUUUUAGCUUUGUUUUUGCUAGUCUUUUUUCCUCUGUGUAAUUUUUUUUGUCAUUGUGGAUGUUUCUGAUGUUCAGUGGUGGACAUGAGAGGGGGCAGAGUUCCAGCUGCUUGUUGACCUGUGAAAGGUCACACCCACCACUCACCUCACUUCCUGGUUCGUAUGGAGGGACCCCUCCUUCGCUAGAGAGUGAAAACUGUGCCUGAUACUUAGCGAGGAGAUCCUUUUUUUUUUUUUAUUGGUGCUGUUGGUUAUAAUUACUGUACAACGACACAAAUCAAAAAAUGUGGGGGUUUUGACGCACCCCCCCCCCCAUCCCACAGGGCAGAAAGGCUUUCAGGCUGUUCUGAUUCUAGAUGUGCAAUCGUGUUAACAUUCCAUUCUUCCAGUCCUCUUGUUUCAUCUGUACCAGUAAACAUUAAUUAUUAUUAUAUUAUUAUUAUUAUUAUUAUUUUGGGGUUUUUUUUGUUGUUACUUUUGUUGAUCUGAUGUGUUAUCUCAAGUAGAGCCACUAGUCAAAGAGUGUAAAAUGUGAAAUAUCAAAAAUCCAAGUUUUGUUUUCUUUUUUGUUAUCCUUUUUUUUUGGCUUUUGCAUUGUUUCCCUUUCUCAGAUGUAUUAUGGGUGAUUUUUGUUUUUUGUUAAGAGAGAGGAAAAAGUCCAACACAAAUGAAACAUCAACUUUUUUUGUAUAUAAACCUGUAAAUUUCUUUAAAUACUUGAGCCUUUUUCUGGGGUUAAAGGAAGAAAAGACAGGAAGGAAAGAAGGAAGGAAUACAGAAGAAGGAAAAGUCAAAGUUUCUGCGGCGAAUGCUUGAUGAAGAAAAAGCCUUACAUUUCCCUUUCUUCAUCCGUGUGAGUUUGACGCUUACAGGGUUGCUCUGGUAAACGUGUAUAAAAAAUUUUAAGUGCUGCUUAUAUCACUAAGAAAGAAGAUAUCGAGUAGCCAAUGACUGCCCCCCAUUCUAGUUUUGUUUGUUUAGCUUUACUUUUUUAAAGAAAAGGGAAAAAAAGAUAUGUUGACAAAAAAAUGGGUUUUUACAUUUUCAUUACUGAAAAUUCAACAAAAAUGUAGUAGCUACUCAUGUUGCACUGAGCUUGCCAGUGGUGACUGUCAAGGAAAAUCCUAUAAUCCAGUUUGUUGGUUGUCGUCCCUCGCAGAAGACUGAACUGUUUUAGGACUAUUUAAUAAAAUACCAAGUCGGGUGUUUUCAACGUAAUAAAGUGGUUGUCAAGUUUUUAUGGCCUUACAAUAUAUUUUAUUCUGAUGGGAUUAUUUUGUUUCUUUUUCAGUUCGUUUUUUUUUUGUUUGUGCGUUUCUUCCAUUUUCUACAGGUUAAACUACUUGCUCACAAUGGGGUCUCUGGUGACUUAAUUUAUUAGUGCCGCAUUCACGGCCUUUCCCUCCACUCGGAAAGAGUCUCAUGUUGGUUAUAUUGACAGUUUUUUACUUUUGCAGUUUGUACUUAAGGUUUAAUAAAAACUUACCGACAAUUCACUGUCAUUCCUUUGCA